CCGGGACCGGAGCCCGGGCCGAGGAUCCGAGCCACGAGAAGCGCUGAGGCUGUUUUUCAUCGUCUGCUUUUGGGUUCAGUUUGCCGGAGAUUUUUUUUUAGACCUUUUUCAGAAUGGAUUACUUCUCCAUGAUGGUCUCUCUGCUGUUGGUGGCUUUCCAUGGAGCUCCCGAGACAGCGGCCUCGGGCACGGAGCUCAGCACAGGAGCGGAAAACCCAGGGGAGAAGCCCCCGGCCAGCGCACCUUGGCGGCCGCGCCGCUCCAAGCGGUGCUCCUGCUCCUCGCUGAUGGACAAGGAGUGCGUCUACUUCUGCCACCUGGACAUCAUCUGGGUCAACACCCCCGGGCACAUCGUCCCGUAUGGACUUGGAAGCCCGUCCAGGUCCAAGCGAUCCUUGAAGGAUUUAUUUCCUACCAGGGCAGCGUACCACAAGAACAGGUGCCAGUGCACGAGCCCACACGACAAGAAGUGCUGGAAUUUUUGCCAAGCAGGAACGGAACUCAGAGCCCAAGAGACUAUGGAGAAAGGCAGGAACAACCUUAAGAAAGGCAAAGACUGCUCCAAGCUUGGAAAGAAGUGUAUUCUUCAAAAGCUGAUGCAAGGGAGAAAAAUAAGAAGGUUGGAGGCCAUCAGCAACAGCAUCAAGACAUCUUUUCAUGCUGCCCAGCUGAGAGCCCAGCUCCACCGAGAGCAGAAAGUGACCCACAACCGGACACAUUGAUGACCGAUCUCCUGGGCCUGUCGGAGCCGUGUGGCUGACUCUGCUCACUCUCUCACUCGCUCUUUCUCUUCCCUCACUGCCUGGGACCAGAGCUGGAGCUGUCUCCCUGUCAGACUGUAUCUUCUUCCAGCCGGGUGGAGAACCAGCGUCCUUAUUCUGAACGUCCCAGGAGAGACCAAGGAGUGCUCGCACCUGUCUUCCUUGGCUUCCUACGGCAGGAACUGCUCGGGUCUCCUCUGUGGCUCGGGGAUGGUAGUAGACCUCUCAGAAGGCAGAGACACACAGUGCCUUUGGAGCCUCCAGCAGGAUCAGGGUGGAGUUGCUGAAGAAGGUCCUGUGGAAGUGUUUGUGCCUGACUCAGGCACCCGGCACAUUUCAGGGAGGCACUGCAGAGUCCACGCAACGAUUUUGCUAAGGAAUGCACAAAUUGAAAACACACUCAAAGGACAAGCACUCAAGUUAAAAAGAAAGACUCUGUAUUUUUUUUUUUGAUUCAUAAAAUGCAAAACUGAAACUGUUACUACUGCAAAUCAGGAUGUGUUUCAUGAAUGAGUCUACCUCACCUCUAUUGCACUCAUGACUGCCUCCCCAAACUCUCUCCCUCCUGAGCCCUCCGACCCUGGUCUCAGCCUUCAGCAGGUCCUGUAUUGUCCUUG